AUGUCCACCCGGCGCUCACACCCCAAAUCACGCAAAGGAUGCAUCGCUUGCAAGACCCGGCACGUCAAGUGCGACGAGCAGGGUCCACCAUGCGGACGGUGCUGGGCCAGAUCAACCAAAUGCCAAUACGCGAGCCCCGGUAAUCAGCAAGCUGACUCUCCCGCUACCGCGAUCACGCGUAGCACCGCCGAGCCAAAUACAGGCAGUACAGCUGGGUCGAAUAAGAGAAACGCCGUGGUGUUUCCCGCUACGCGCCACCUCCUGGAGCUGCAGCUGAUGCACCGCUGGUCCGCAUUGACGUAUAAGAGCUGCCUUACCCCUGGCUCCGACGAUGACGAUGUAUGGCAGUUCAUGGUGCCCGGACUAGCCAUACAGCAUGAUUACCUGCUCUACGGGAUAUUUGCCCUCUCUGCAUUCGAGACGGCGAGGACGGUCAAGACUCCUGAUGCUCAGAUGUAUGUCAAUGCAGCCGUCGAGUAUCACGGCCUAGCACUUGGCCGGUUUCAGUCUCAGCUGCCAGCCAUCAACGCUAAAACUCACGAGGCUGCGCUCUGCAUGUCACUCAUGCUACUAUGUCUAGCUCUUGCAUCUGCGCAGGUAUCACCUAGCCAAGAAAAGGGCGGGAAAGGGCGCAUGGUAGAGGCUGUUGUAUCCCACUUUGGGCUGUUGCGCGGCUGCAUACCAAUUCUCAACAUCGAUCCGGGAUACGCUUCGAGGAAUGUCCACAUUCAGAAGUUGACUCUUUUUGAGGACCUGCCUCGUAUUCCAAUGAGCCCCGAGCUAGAAGCAAAUCUGUCAAAAUUGAACAAUCUAAAUGACAAGAGGAUCACGACGACAGUCCGAGAUUCGGAUGAGCGAAGAGUGCAGCAAGUUGCCUAUUGGGACUCGUGCAAGAAGGCUCUAGCUAUUCUCCGGGAAUGCUACGAGAAAUGCGUGGAUGAUCUAUCGAAAGGUUACGCUCUCGGUUGGCCGAACCUGGCAGGGGAAGAAUACAUGCGGGCGAUCGAAGAGAAGGACUCUGUUGCUUUUGCCAUUCUCAUGUACUGGGGAGUGUUGGCGCAUAAACUCGGUCAUCGGGUCUGGUGGGCGGAGGAUUUCGGGAGCUUAUUAGUUGCAGAAGUGGCACAGACUCUCGCCGUGUCUGAGGAUGGCGCGGAGUAUAAGGAUGUUAUUGAGUGCGCCCAACUCCUCGUGAUAAUAUGA